UAAUCGUUAAUUAAAGAAGGAAUAUGAGUGAGGUGGAAAGCUAAAAAACUUUUUUUUUAUCAAGGAGGCUUGUCAGUUUGUCUGCCUUCUCUUCGCCUGGUUAUAACCCAUAAUCCUGGAAGGAAAGGAGCUCGUAUCGUGAAAUUCUCUUAAAUAAGGAAUUAAAUAAUUAAUUAAGAGAUGGCCGCGAUCGUGCAGGGUUUAAGCCGGUCUCUCGUUCGAUGUUCGUCUUUAUUGAAAGGCAAUUUAAUUAAAACGGCCGUAGUCGGUUUGCAGCAUAACCAAUUCCAUAGGCAGAUUCGUCAAAACCCUUUACCACAGAAGAAGUUUUUGGAUAGUAAAAGUUUUUCUUCAAAUACUAAAGUAGACAAGGCGAAGCUCGCCGAAAUCGAAGCGCGCGUUAUGAACGUUGUCAAAGCCUAUGACAAAAUCACAGCUGAAAAGCUUACAUUGGAGUCACAUUUCAUGAAUGAUCUAGGGUUAGAUUCUUUAGAUCAUGUUGAAGUUAUCAUGGCCAUGGAAGAUGAAUUUGGCUUUGAGAUCCCUGACGCAGAUGCUGAGAGACUAUUGAGGCCUGCUGAUAUCGUCACAUAUGUAGGCGACAGAAAUGACGUUUAUGAAUAAGACCUGAAAAUAAAACUAAUGUAGUUAUAAUUGCGGGUUAGAUUUGUAAAUAAAUGAUGAGCCAUCUUGCAAUUUUCAGGUUUAUUUUCUCUAUUUUAGAAGUUUUGUAAAUAUCCAGUAAGGCUUUGAAAGUCUUUUCAGUCACAGUAUAUUUGUUAACUACUUGUUUUGAAUAAAUUAAAUUGUUCAACUGGUUUUUUUAAUA